AUGAACAGUCGGCAGUUGUGUUUGCAACUUUUCUUAAUUGUUGGAUUGGCAUUGGUGUUGUACAGUGAUUAUGCGGAUGCAGGAUCCCACGCGAAAAAGAAGAAAAUCACCAUUCAUGUACCCGUCCACAAGAAAAUCGAAAAGCACACGCACACCAUUGUGAAACACAUCCAUCAUCAUCACAAACCGAUUGUCCUGAAAGAGGAAAAGAAAAUCAUUGAAGAACAUCAUCCAAUUAUUAAGAAGGAACAUGUCUCACAUGAACAUCAUCACCAUCAUGAAGCGAAACACGAUCACCAGCAUGAUCAUAAACAUGCCGAGCAGGCCGCAAAGGAAUAUGAUGACGAAGAGGAGCAUGUCCAUCAUCACCACAACUAUGAACAUAAAUCGACGCAUAAUGAAGAAGUUGAUGAUGAUUUCAUGGAAAGACAUUAA